AAAUGGGGUAUAGUGGGGGAUGGGCGAAGACACUGUUGUUAUGACUGGUGCUUGGCUGCGGGACAAACUUCCCGAGGCCUCGGCAUUUUUUUUCUAAUCCAUUUCAUUGGUCGGUUUCAACGAGGAAAUGUGGCUCCAUUUUGCUUGUGAACCUGUCAAACGGACCAGGAGCUAAUAUUAAUCAACGCUUGAGGGCGGCUUUCACCUUUUGCAAAACACGAGGUGUUUGGUGCUUUUGAAAAAUAGGGGCGGAGAGUUCUUGCUAAGGACAACGGAGCUAUGAUGUGCAUCUGAGGACAUCUUGAUCACAUGGGCUGCUAUCCUGUGCUGACCCAAUGGUUUAAUCACCAGGACUAAACAUGAGCAUAAGCAGUGAUGAAGUCAAUUUUCUGGUUUACAGAUACCUGCAAGAGUCGGGCUUCUCUCACUCAGCAUUCACCUUUGGCAUAGAGAGCCACAUCAGCCAGUCCAACAUCAAUGGAGCCCUGGUGCCCCCUGCUGCCCUCAUCUCCAUCAUCCAGAAGGGCCUGCAGUAUGUGGAGGCUGAAGUCAGCAUCAAUGAGGACGGGACAUUAUUUGAUGGGCGGCCCAUUGAGUCGCUAUCUCUGAUUGAUGCUGUGAUGCCAGAUGUAGUCCAAACCAGGCAGCAGGCCUACAGGGACAAGCUGGCCCAGCAACAGGCGGCAGGCAGUGGCAGCGGCACAGGGCCCCAGGGAAGCACCAAGAAUGGAGAGGGCGCUGCCAACGGGGAGGAAAACGGAUCCCAUGCCUUAGCCAAUCACCACUCAGAGAUGAUGGAGGUGGACAGGGACGUGGAAAUCCCUCAGAGUAAAGCCAUGGUCCUGAGGGGCCACGAAUCCGAAGUUUUUAUCUGUGCCUGGAACCCAGUAAACGACCUCCUCGCCUCCGGGUCUGGGGACUCGACAGCACGGAUCUGGAACCUGAGUGAGAACAGCACCGGCGGGUCCACCCAGCUGGUUCUGAGGCACUGCAUACGGGAAGGGGGCCAGGACGUACCCAGCAACAAAGACGUCACCUCACUAGACUGGAAUAGCGAAGGAACAUUGCUAGCAACAGGCUCAUAUGAUGGCUUUGCUAGAAUAUGGACAAAAGACGGUAACCUGGCCAGUACUUUGGGUCAGCAUAAAGGCCCUAUAUUUGCACUUAAGUGGAAUAAGAAAGGAAACUUCAUCCUUAGUGCUGGUGUAGACAAGACCACAAUUAUUUGGGACGCCCAUACGGGAGAGGCGAAACAACAAUUUCCUUUCCACUCGGCACCUGCUCUGGACGUAGACUGGCAGAGCAACAAUACGUUUGCCUCCUGCAGUACAGACAUGUGCAUUCAUGUGUGUAAGCUGGGUCAGGACAGACCUGUCAAGACCUUCCAGGGACACACGAAUGAGGUGAAUGCCAUCAAGUGGGAUCCCACUGGCAGCUUGCUGGCCUCCUGCUCAGAUGAUAUGACACUGAAGAUUUGGAGUAUGAAGCAGGACUUGUGUGUCCAUGACCUCCAGGCCCACAGUAAAGAAAUCUACACCAUCAAGUGGAGCCCCACAGGCCCCGGGACCAACAACCCUAGCGCCAACCUCAUGCUGGCCAGCGCAUCAUUUGACUCCACGGUGCGUCUGUGGGACGUGGAGCGCGGGGUGUGUAUCCACACACUGACCCGCCACCAGGAGCCCGUCUACAGCGUGGCCUUCAGCCCCGACGGCAGGCACCUCGCCAGCGGCUCCUUCGACAAGUGUGUCCACAUAUGGAACACUCAGACGGGUGCUUUAGUCCACAGCUACCGGGGGACAGGAGGGAUCUUCGAGGUGUGCUGGAACGCCACAGGGGACAAAGUAGGAGCUAGCGCGUCAGAUGGAUCGGUUUGCGUAUUAGACCUGAGGAAAUGACACUCAUCUUGGGGAGCCAUGGACCGACUACGAAUGUGUACAUAGCCAAAAUGACUGACUGUCCCUGCCUGUCCGCCACACUGCUGUAGUCACAUCAGAUGCCAUGGCCUGCAAUUACAGCCAAAUGGAGCGUUUUCUCCCUUCGUCAUAUGUAUGUACCCAAAAGGACUACACAUUCGCCACAUACAGUUCUUAUGCACAUGCGUCAGAUAUACAUCAGGUCUGUAUGGACACCUGUGCUGCUCUCACAGACCUGCAGGAGGAAACCUUUCUCUGUUGUCACACAGUACAAACUUGUUGGACCCAUCACAUGCAAACCAAAACACCAGGAUUCUUCUCGCUUUCCACUUUUUAUCCUUUUUACCAGAAUUCUGAAGAUUUUUUGUUCUCUUGUUGGUGUGUGCAUAUUGCAUAAAUCAGCAUUUGGUGUCCUGUGGACAUUGUUAUUUUAAAUUUGGAUUUUACUGAUAUCUGCAAGUUUUAUACUACAUGUGGGGUGGGAGAGAAGAGUGGCGGGGGGUUGAGUUAUUUGUCUUUUACAAUGGGUGUAAAAAAGCUGUUCAUUGGGAGAUCCAUUUAUCCACUUCUUGGCAGUCUUUAAAGGGAUAUUUCACUGUUGAAAGAUGAAUAUAUCUUUAAAUUGGGUCACUUAUGUAGUAGAAAUGACAUUUCUUUUUAGAAAUUGGUGCUUUCUAGGCCGGGAAAAGCCAGAAAAUGUGUUUUUGGCUCAUGUGGAUGAAAUUGCACUUGCUUUGUUGCUCUACAAGUCCACUCCCAAUACACUCCUACCGUUUACAGACAUAGACAGACAGUGAGGCAUUCAACUCAACUCAAGUGUUUUAUUGUCAUUUCAACCAUAUACAUAAAACAAAGUUUUUAAGAUCUGACAGGUGGCCGUUUAACGUUAGCUUUCCACCUAGCUGGAACUCCUGCCCUCGUUCGGCGUUUCCGCUUUCACACAAUGGCUAGAGGCAUCGGGCGACACCAUUGGCUGAGGUGUUGGUCUCCGUAGCAGGCAAAGCUCGCGUAGUGUGUUGAGUAUUCGGUCUGUAAUGAAGUUUCCUGCAUAUUCUUCGAUCUGUACCUGUAUGUAUCUUGGUGGUACACAUGUACAGUAGUUUGAAUGCACAUAAUUGUUGUAAAAGUUUGCUGCUGAAAAGAGAGAGCUGUAGCUAAGUUCACUUAGCUCACUUUGGGUAAAGAGUCCAACCCCCUAUGGUCAGGUUUAAAACAUGCGGAACUAGCUAGCUUGUAGUCCACUGCUUCUGGGCAGAAAAGGCCUCAGAUGAUACAGAGAAAUCUAGGGGACAUGAGGGAGGGAAAGCACAGUCAUUCGAAAAUACUACCGGGUUUCUACUGAUACAAAGCUUAAUGCUAAUCGGUGAAGUAUCCCUUUAAGGUUAAAAAUGCAGAAGUAUAGCUUAGAAAAUUAAAAUGUUUUUUUAAUUGUGUUGCAUCUAUUUUUAUUAUCCAAUAGGUUUGGUCCAUUUUUGCCAUUUUGUU